CAAGUUUAGUCACCAGAAAAUGGCUGAUGGUAGUUGGAGCUUCUUCGAAGAAGAUGAAGUUUGUAGGAAAACGGCAGAUGGCUCUUUUAUGUAUGGGUUCGUGGUUAAAAAUUCCACAUACCAGAGCAGUGAUGAGGAAGAGGACGACGAGGAUCGUCUAGAAAAGGGAAAAGUCCGUGUAUCAUGGCAUCCAACAGGCAAAGAAUCUGUCGUGUCAGAAAACCAGCUGAUACUGGCAGACAGAUCACUGAUGCCUGGGGAUGUGAUCAGAAGAUUUGGUGAGGAUAGCAAUAGUCAAAGGGGAUUUGUUCAGGAUCUGAUUGGAAAAUGCCACAUCCACAUAAGGGGGACUAAUAAAUUCCUGUAUAAUGUUAAUGCCAAAGAUUUAAGCAGCAUGAAAGUAGAAGAAUUAGCAAGAAAGCCCCUCAGUAACUCAUUCUGUGAUGUGGUGAUGGACUCUUGGGUCGGGAAGAUAGAGAGGGUGAACGAGGAGCUGGUCAUCAAGUUCUCAGAUGGAGCUUCGUGUAGAGUACCAGACACAGACCUGCUGGAAGACUUUGAACCAGUCAAAGAGCAUUAUAAGUCCUUAUGCACAGAUGAUUCAGUGGUACUGUACAAAGGAUUGGUUAUGAAAGGAAAUAUAGGAGACCUUAAUGAUGUUGUGUGGAUAACUAGUACCUAUAAACAUGGACCAAAAAUGGUUAAAAAGUCUCCCAGUCAGACAGUGACAGUUCGGAUUGAAGAGACCAUGCUGAAAUCAGUGGAGGUGUAUUGGAUGUGUCGGGGAUUCACUAAGUCAGACAACCCACUCCUAAGAAUGACCCCACCCCCGUCCAGAGUAGAGGGACCAGAUCUCCAAAGGUUGCAAAUUUUGGACUGGUUUUCACAUUGCAGUCUACAAAUUGGUGAUUUUGCUCAAUACAUUAUAAAACCCAGUGAUGAACUUGUGGAAGUUCCGUCUAAAUUUAGCUUCAUUCCUGAUGUUCUGUUGAGUGAACUCGCGGAUCAUGACACUGUAACAGAGCAUAAGCCAGAAGAAUCAACACAAAGUGAAGAUCCCAAAUCAGUUGAUACCGAGGAGGCUACAGCAGUGGUCAAUGGGGACGUUGGUAAUGAGGCUGAGGCAGGGGCUGAUGAGGAUGAGGAAUAUGAGGACAUUGACACAUCAGAGAAUGAGUCUGAGGAGGAAAAAUGCUCUAAAAAAAUGGUUUCCAGGCACAAGGGUAAAAAGGGACUCAAGUUUGGAACUGGAGGAAAAAAGGGAGGAAAGCGACCCAAGCAGUCAGUGAAGUUUGAGCCUGAGUACCCACAGUGUGUAGUGGGAGAGAAGGUGCCUGUGGGGAUCUGUUAUACUUUCUCUACAGCCACUGUAAUGUGGCAGGAUGGCACCGUGGAAUCUGACAUUCCUUCUCCAGAACUCUUUCCAAUACACUACCUUGAUGAAUUAGAAUUCUUUCCAGGAGAUUAUGUUGUAGAUGCCAAAGAAAUAGCCAGUAAAAACUGUGACUAUGGUGUGGUAGUAAGCUGUAAUCAUAAAGAGAGAACUUGUUUGGUCAAGUGGAUGAAAACAGUGGAUGUAUCCAAAGGAGAGAGACCUGAGGAGAAUGUGGAGGCGGUGGAGGUGAGUGCCUAUGAUCUGAAGGACCACCCAGAUUUCAAGUUCCGUCCAGCCCAGACUGUGAUCAGAGUUAUAGACACACAGGAGGAAGGUAAAGAGGCUGUGGGACAGAUCCAAAGUUUGGAUCCUAAUGGGGCAAUCAACGUCCGGUGGCCAUCAGGGGAGAUCACUCGAUGUUAUCCUCAAGAACUCUAUAUUGUCGGGGAUGAGAUGAGCGAGUUUGAUAGCUCCAGUUGGUCCACAGAGGAGGAAGAGACCGAAGGAGAGGAUGAUAACUCUAGCAUGAGCUGGGAGACUGACGAAGAAAUCAUUGAGUCCAAUUGUGAUAAUUAUGAAGAUGGAAUCAGUUUAAUGUUCAUAACCAAAGAAAAAAAGGAGGAGUUGGAUGCAUUACUGUCCAGAGCUCAGACUGCGCUAGAAAACUUGCAGAGAAUAUUUUUCACAUACACUGGAAAAAUAUCCAUUACAUAUAGGUAUUUGAGAGACAUAAUAUCUGUGUAUAAGCGCUGCCAGGACUUGGAAAAGAUUCUCAAAUCACAUUUCUUUGAAGAAGAAGAGCUUACAAAAUUACUUGAAGAAAUACGUGACUUGAUGUAUGAUGAGAAAAGAAAUGAACUCAAUGAUCGCCUUAUUAAAAUCUAUGAGAGACGGAAAGGCGGAGGAAGCAAUGAAUCUCCUUAUAAAGAGAAUCCUCAAUCAAGUCCUCUGCAUGAAUCAGAAGAUACCACAGGUUAUGUGUUCCCCGAGAUUGAGAAACCUAACAGUCCAAAGACAGAACUUACUCAGCUGGCCAGUGCAAUUGUUAACUCUGUGAUGAAGACAUUUUCAGUGGCACAGUUACAAAAUCAGGAAUCUAAUGUGCAGGAAAGCACAAAUUUACAAAACGGAUAUUCAGAAAACCUGGAAUUGGGGGCAACUGCCGCAGUUAAUAUACCCAAACUGAAUGACACUGAUGUGAAAUCUGACACCCCUGGAAAGAACAGUGGUGAACCAGAUAUCUGGCAGGCCCCAGAGGAGAAUGUUAGUGUACCCAGUGAAGCUAAAGAGCUGAAUGUGAGUCAGGAAUCUGGUCUAGAGGUCAGUGAUUGUGAUUCAGGUUUAGGGGAGUCCAAAGGAAGUGGGGCAUCUUUGGAAAGAUCUACUUUGGCCUCAAUGCAGAGAAAAAAGGAGGAGUUGUGUAGGAGAUUCUGUCACCUGAUGCUUGCCCAAAUGGUGAAGAUUCGAUCUGAGAUUGAUAGACGCUGGGAGCAAACCAAGGCAUUUAUGAAUGAUGGGAGUGAUAAUUGUGAACAGGACACACAGACAGACAGCCAGGGUCAGGAAGAGAGAGCGGGGGCCUCUCCAGGGGCUAGGCUUGUUGAAGAACUUAUGGGGUCAUUUAACUCUGAGUGUAAUGGUGGGGGAUCAAGUGAGACCAAUGGUGUGGAGUCAAUUGAAGACAUUCCUGAAAUGUCUGAUCUCAAGCAGGAUGUUGAAACAUAUAAACAGGCCUCUUGUGCCACUCAAGGUGCGUGUACAUAUACCGGUUUUGUUAUGUGUGAGGCAGCACCUUCUACACACAAUUUUGCCAGUAAGGUGUAUUCCCCACAUGACCCAAAAUCUUUCCUAAAGGCUGUAAGAAAAGAGUAUAAACUGCUUCAAAAUAACCUGCCUAGUGGGAUUUUAGUAAAAGGAUUUGAGGACAGAAUGGAUUUGUUUUCUGUGAUGAUCCUUGGGCCACAAGGAACCCCGUAUGAAGAUGGCCUAUUUUUCUUUGAUGUCUUCCUGCCCCCUGACUACCCAACCUCACCCCCUGUGUUCCACUACAUUUCCUACUGCACGGACAGGUUAAACCCCAACCUGUACGAGGACGGUAAAGUGUGUGUCAGUCUUCUGGGCACCUGGGACGGCAAGGGAAGUGAAAUGUGGACUUCCAAUUCCAACAUGUUGCAAGUUCUUGUUUCCAUUCAAGGCUUGAUCCUGGUGUCAGAGCCUUAUUACAACGAGGCUGGGUUUGAGAAACAGAGGGGCUCUGUGAUAGGUGUAGAAAAUAGUAAGAUGUACAAUGAAAUGGCGAUCAUCAAACUUGUGCAGAGUAUGACAAGAAUGAUUGAGAACCCUCCCAAUAGUUUCAAGGAGGAGAUGACUUCACAUCUUAAACAGAAUGCAGCAAGGAUGAUCCAACGAUUCCAGUUUUGGAUGGAGGCAGGCAGUGGGCACAGCAAACAAGACAGUGGAGUGGGGCUAAACUGUGAUUCUUCAGGGACAGCCGGCCUGUCCAGAGACCAAGCAAUGGACAUAUCAUCAGAUGGGGACAAGGUUCAGGGACUUCAGCAAGACAGUCUGCCAAAGAAUAGCAUCUCAAACACAAUUCACUUCAAACCUCCAGAAUUUCCUCUGUUUCCACCCUCCAAGGGAUUUUGCCUCCCCAUGAAAAAAUAUUUGGAAACAUUCAAGCAGACAGUUGAAAGAAACAUUUUUACUCCAGAUGAAAAUGUGAACAACUCAACAGUUAAUUAAGUGAAUGGAAUUUAGAAUUUCUAGUCCAAGUUUUAAAGUAUUGUUUAUUUGCUAUUUGAUCCUUGCUUGUGAUAUAUAUAAAAUGUUUGUAAAUGUACUGUGCUGUGCAGGUUCAUAAACAAUUUAGGUGAUAGCAUUUAAAAUUUUGACUUUAAUUGGACAUUUAUCAGUAUUUCACACCAAUUUUGUUAAAAUACCUCAUUAUGGUUAGAAGUUUAAUUUAAAUCAAGUGCUAGCUAUUACAUGUUUUGUGGGUGAUGUUAACAUGUGCUAUUGGUGUUAUCUUUUUCAGGUAUGUCAGCUUUUAUUGUUUACCCAUUUACAAUGAACUGGAAAAAAAUGUAUUAAAAAUGCAUGUAUAUGUGAUAGUUCAACUAUUACACCCCUACACAUUCUCUUCUGUUUGGUGCCAAAUGCUACAUGAUGCUUGCAGAAAAUUAUGUAUUGUAAGAGUCAUGAGUUGUAUAUAUUUCAAUUGAUUUUUUUUCUUCACAUUAUGCAAAUCUUUUACCUCAGCUGUUUUAUACACUGUUCUCUGGUAUAUGAACGUUUAUAUUUAUUUACAUAUCUGACAGAAAAAGGUGAUAUUUAAUAUCUUUUUAUUAUAUAACAGAUUUAAAUUUACUUAUGUAAAUGUAAUACUUUAAAGUACAUACACACAACAUCCUUGUAAUUUGGAAAAGUCACUGUUAUUGCAUAGAAUUUAUAAGUAAAAGAUUACAUGGAAAAUCAGAAUACAUUUACACAUUAAAGUCUGAGUUUAUGUUUCUAAUCAAUAAAUCAUUAUCUACAAAUAUACAAGUAAUUUUAGGAUGCACCAGUCCUGUUUUUGUAUUUCAUUGACUGCUUUUUUUCUUAAAUUUAGGUUUCGUAUUUUUUCUCCCUAUGGCUUUAAAGUUAUUUAGCAUUUAUUUGGGGUUUUUUUCAACAACUUAUUUAGUCUUUCAAACAUUGACUGUAUGUUGAAAAGUGAAACAAAUUGCUUGUCAAGUAUUUCUUUGUUACAAAGACAAAAAAAUAUAUAAUCACCUGUUGGUCUGUGGAUUGUUUGCUAAUUCAAAUGUCAAUAAAUAUGUAUUGCAUA